AUGUCGUUCGUCUCUUCGCAGAGCACUGGUGGUGAGAGUUUUACUGCCUUUCUUCGUGGUGUCUUCUUUGUCUCUUCCUUUUUGACCUCCUCAGCCACACAAGUGGGUCUCAGCAAGAGAGUUCUGGUCUUCCCUUAUGAGACGGACUUCAGCUUCGUGGCAUUGAUCCCACAGAAAGAAAUGGAGCUCAGGGCCUUCACCCUCUGCAUGCGAGUAGCCACAGAGCUCCUAGAGGAACGGCAGAUAAUUCUGUUUGCAUAUCGCACAGCCGACUAUGACGAGCUCAACGUUUGGCGUGAGAAAGACGGGCGCAUCUCUUUUUAUAUGAGUGGCGAUGGCACCUUCUUUUACCUUCCACCGCUCUCCACCUUCCGCACCAGCCUCUGCCUCACCUGGGAAUCUCAAAACGGCCUCUCUGCAUUUUGGGUGGAUGGAAAGCGGAGUACCUACCAUGUCUACAAGCCUGGACACACCAUUCGCCCAAAAGGCACCGUCAUUCUGGGGCAGGAUCCAGACAAACACCUGGGGGGCUUGGAUGCUGUGCAGAGCUUUGUCGGCGAGGUGACUGACCUCAAUAUGUGGGACUUUGUGCUGUCCAGGAGCAUGAUCCAGGCCUGGCACUAUGGCCACAAGGUCCCUAAGGGCAACAUCUUUGACUGGGCCACUAUUGAGUAUGAGCUGAAUGGGAGUGUUAUGGUGGUAGAUGAGGACUGACUUGGUAUUGAGUCUUGUGCAGAGCAGUGCAAUAGUUUGGAGGCCUGUGUUUGGCUAAUGCUGAUACUUCUGUUUCUUAGUGAUGCCAUUGGAGAUCUAUGGUCUUGUGAUCACCUUGGUCUGUAUAUUACUGUAUAUAGUGUAUAUAUGUACUUUUGCUUUGGCAGUGUAUCUUAAGAACAGCAAAUCGGACUUUGAUCAAAUUUGGUUGGCAGAUUGGGACUAUGGAUGGUAAGAAGUUAUUUGAUUUUGGUUAGGAUCAGUCAAAGGUCAAGGCCAAGUUUGGGGCCCCAUUA